UACAGCGAUUGUUGAAAUUCUGUUUAGUCGGCUUUGAUAUUGUCACAAUGAUGAGUCGUAUUUAUUGUUCCAUAUUUUUACUGGGUUUGCUCCUGCCCUUGACAACCGCACGCCACGCCAAGUUCUUCAGAAAGGAUUAUACUUACAUCAAAGAAUUGGAUGCUUUUUAUAAAGUUCAUUGGGAUUUAAGUGGGGAUUCUUGGGAUUCGGCUUUUCUAGCAUGCAAUGAUGAAGAGGCAAAUCUAUUCUACCCGAAAGAGAGAGAAGAAUGGGAUUCAGUUAAGAGUUUGAUGCAGGAUAUGAAGGAACAACCAAAUGUUACUGACAUUUUUGUUGGAUUUCAUAACAAGUUUCGACUAGGAGAAUUUAUAACAGUUGAUGGCCAUGCUACGCCAUAUCCAUUGAUUGAGGAUGCAAUUGAUGAUUCAAUGGACCAAUGUAUUCUGAUGGAUACAAAUACUGGGAACUUCAGAAUCAGUGACUGUUUAAUGGGCCCAGAACCGCCGCUGCCGUUCUUGUGCAAGAAAGAGACACACGACGACAUAUCAUGUCCAACUAUUGACAAAGCCUACAAAUACUUGAAAGAAUUAAGAAAAUGUUACAAAGUUAAUAAAACGCCGAAACUAUGGUCUGAGGCGGUAAAAACUUGUUUUUUUGAGGGAGGAAUGUUGGUGUUACCAGAAACUCAAGACGAACUACGGAAAUUAAGCCAAUUCGUAGAUCCUGGCACUUAUUCUUCGGGAUUUCGAAAGUUAUAUCCUAGAGAGGAAUAUUACACAUUAACAGGUCAGAAGUUUAAUGGUGAUAUUGUCAGUGAAGAACCUCAAUACAAUCCAUAUGGUCAGAUUAUAAAUAUAUCGAGUAAUUGUGGUGCUAUUGCAAUAUAUGGUUCAGAUCCAAAGUGGUCCACAAUAUCGUGCGACUCUGCUAAACCAUUCAUUUGUCAGAUGGAAAUAUCCAAAUAUUGAGAUAAGUAAGUACA